AUGUCGUGGUUCGAGCAGAUCACGGCGAAAGCAGCGCAAAUUCAAAGUUUGGAAGAGCUGGAAACGGCAGAGGCACGCGACAAGUUUGCCCAGGGUUUACCACAGUCAUUCACUCUCAGAGAACUUGCGGAUGUAACAAGAGAACCCCUCAACCUAACCUCAUCGGCGAAAUCGAGGGAUGUGAGAACGGCGCGAACUCAACUCCUAUCGGUUCUUACGUGUCUACGGCGGUGCGGGGACCGUAUCACCCCUGAGCUCUCCACAGACCAUGACGCAGUCAAAGAACUUGCUCUCAACAUCGCCAAACUCAUAACCCCCGUGGUCACCCAAGACCAGUCUGAGGUUUCAAGCCAGGACCUACUCCAGACCAGUCGAACUGUCGUCGAGCAGUGCCAGACCAACGCCGGGUUGGGCAUCACCGUUCUCGAAGCGCUCCUGAGGCAAACCACAAACCCAGUGAGGCUGGAAAACGAGGUCCUGUACACCCUGCUUGCCUACACAAACGAGGAGCAGAGCGGUGGAAGUCACGAAACGGAAGACAUUGCGAACCGACUUCUCGAGCAACAAUUCAGCGUCCCCGACAGUUCCACCGAGGAGGAGUUCCUCACCGAAACCGUCCUACAAGCCUACCUGCGCCCGCUCUUCUCCCAGUCCAAACCAUCCUCCAUCACAGCGUCUGGCCGGAAGGCAGAGUACACAGAAAAUGCCGCCAGCAAGGGUGAGAGCAUGCCCGACGAGUCUGCCGUGACCAAGCCGUGGAAGUACACCGACAUGAGAAGUAUCCCCGCGGUAGCAUGGGCAGUGCGGGAAGCCAACGUCCAACUCAUCGCCCAACACUGGCCACUCUUCAUCCCCGUGCUGCUCACCCUGGCCGACGACACCGCCACCCCGGUGCGCCGGCGCGGCCUGCUUAUCCUAACCGACUUCCUCACCAAGUUCCCCGACAAGACCCUGCACGACACGGGCCUGGCCCAGGUGUUCGAAGACGCCAUCUUCCCGACGUUGAGCUACCUUCCCAGUCUGACGCCCGAGGAGGGAUCGGUGGAGCUCCUAGUCCCGGCAUACAGCGCGCUGCUCUGCCUGGCGAAGAAGCAGCCCGCCAUCGGGAAGGACGGGGUUGCCCGUGCGCCAAAGAAUAGAUUCCUCGACAGAAUGCUCCGCGAGGGAGUGUUGGGCGGGUAUUUCCACGCGAAAGACCACGUGAGAAUUGUGGAGGUGCUCUGUCAACAGACCGUGGCCAUCCUGGAAGAGAUGGGUGUGCAUGCGGUGAAGCAUCUCAAGGUGAGAGUUCCCUGA